AUGGACCAGGUGGACCUGAGGAUCGUGCUGAUGGGGAAGGCUGGUGCUGGGAAGAGUGCAACAGGAAACACCAUCCUGGGAGGAAAUUAUGUAUUUAAAACAAAACGAUCUUUAAGCUCUGUAACAGAACACAGUGAACGUGCAGAAGCUGUAAUAGACGGAACCCGUGUACAUGUGGUUGAUACACCAGGAUUCUUUGACACAGAAAUGCCACAAGAUGAGUUAGCGGAGGAGUUGGGCAGGAGCGUUUAUCUCUCACAAUCAGGAGUUCAUGCUUUCAUUCUGGUUUUCAGGUUUGAUCGAUUUACAGAACAGGAAGUAGAAAUAAUUAAGAGGUUACAGGAGGUUUUUGGUGAGCAGGUUAUAAAUCAAGUGGUCAUUUUGUUUACUCAUGCUGAGGGUGUAAGAGAGGAAGAAAUAAUUCAAGAAAGAAGCAGGAAUGAACAUCUCAGAAGAGUUUUAAAUCUGUGUGGAGGAAGAUUUCACCUCUUUAAUAAUGCAGAACCACAGAACAGACAGCAGGUUACUGAACUUCUGCAGAAGAUAGACAGGAUGGUGCAGCAGAAUGAAGGAUUUUACACUAAUGGAGUGUUUGAGGUAGCACAGCGCUCAACCUGGGAGGAAUUCUGGAGGAAAUUCAAAACAAUGUUUUACAUUGGAGCUGGUGUUCUAGCAGUAACAGCAGCAGUAGUGGGAUAUGUGGUACUAAAAAACAGUGAGAAACUAAUUGAGGGACUGAUGACACUAUGGAUCAGGGGAAUGAUUAGGGUGGAAUCUGAUUUGACGUGGGAAGUGGUUUCUAAUAGUGAUUUACCAGCAGUGGUUGCAGCAGUAGCUUUAGCAGGGGUAGCAGCCAGUGGUACAACCAGGAUGUUAUAGAUGCUUCAA